AUGCGCGCAUACCUUCAAGUUCGACCACAGAUAGCGACCUUCUCGCCCGGCUGGGCAGUAAAUGGGAUGUGGUCGAGAACCAGCUUGGAAGAGCCACUGAUAGACACGAAUCAGCAAUUAGCCCCCCGAGGAUCAUAUGAAAACUACCGUAGAGGCAUCACUUACUUUAGGUUCAUCCAGCAUUUUACUACUGUCUUCUUCCAGAUCCCAAUGUUGAUGGUGUUGGUCAGCGCAACUCCCAUGUCGUCAGCAGAACCCUUGCUCAGCCGGACGACGCCAAUUUGA